UCUGAUUGCGUUUGAUUUGGAAGUAGAUUAUCUCCGACUGAUGCGAAGAUGGCAGAACGAACAGAUACUGACAAAUUUGUGGAUAAAGGGAAAAAGCUGUUCGAAAAAUGCAGCAAAGGAAGGAGUCGACCUUUAAUGUUUCCACCCGCACCUUCACAAAUAAGAAUCGAUGUGUACAAAGAAUCUCUCAAAGAUUCUCGCGUUAAUCCGACCGAUACAAAAAAAGUUGAGGAAGACAAGAAGAGACAGGAAGACUACGAAGCCGAAGUAAUUGUGUACAGAGCUCUCGAACAGUUAGACGAACCCAUUGUCGUCUUACAUGGGUUAGAAUACACUCAUAACCAGUGCAUAAUCUGGAAUUCUAAGGCAAAAUACUCAGCAGCAGGCCAGCACGAUUUUGUGGUGAUAGGUCCCGACUAUAUAGUUAUUAUUGAGGUGAAGAAUCCUAAGAUAACUCAGGCAUCUUCCAGCGAAUCUAUGCCAGAAGAUCCUCUUGCUAAAUCUAUCGAGAUCGCAAAAAUUCAACUCGAAAAAGUAGUCAAACUUAUACGCGGCAUAGGAGAAAAAACUCGGGGCCAGUGUAAAAGAACCGUCGAUUUAUUUCAAGUUGUAGCUUUUCCGAAUGUCGACCACAGAUUUGAAGAUGCUGAGAAAAAAUUUAUCCUGAUCAACAAGUCGGACUUAGAAAACUUUACAGAAUUCUGGAAUGACAAAUUAAAAGCCCGAAGAACUUCCUUUCAUGGUGACAUCGGGAAAAUUCAAAGUGUACUCAUUCAUUUGUUUGCCAACGCAAAGAACAACGAAAUUGAAACAAAGAAAAUAAGUCUUGCCGAUUGCGUGGUCGACAUUGACCUAAAACUGAGAGACGGACAUAUCACGUUUGAGAGUAAAAAGAGACCCCGGAACCCAGACGUGAAAAAAAUCAGCGAAUUACCUGCUGAAUAUAUUGAUGGAAAAAAUAUAAAUAAAUUUAUAUUCAAGGAUUGCUUGGGACUUGACUUCAUAACCAAUGAACAAUGGGAGGCAUAUCAGAAAAAAAGCGACUGCGUCAUCAUAACAGGGGGCCCCGGUUCUGGUAAAACGCUAGUUUUAUUGGCUAGAAUUAUUUAUCUCGCUUUGGUACAUCCGGAUUGGAAGAUCAAGUUCAGGGUUGCAAACCACAUUGACUUAGUCGAGUACACAGACGUAAUCCAGAAGGCUGGCAUCAACAUCAAAGUAGUAGAAUUAAAUUUACCGGAGAAUGGACAGAUUUGUCGUGAAUUAUUCGAAUACUUCCAAGUUGUAAUUCUCCAUCAAUCUAACUCUGCUUUGAGCGAUAAGUUUGAUAUUCAGUUCAUAUAUGAUUACCAAAUCCAGUUUUACCAAAACCCAAAUCAUAAGCCAAUUCAAGAACCCUUCGUUUUGACAGUAGACUUGAAUCAAAAACCGGUGUGUACCAAAACUGCAGCAGUGGAAGGCAGCUCCCUACGUUUCAACUCAGUUCCAAUAGUUCAAUUGAGUGCCAGUUAUCGAAGCACCCGAAAUAUUGUGUCUCAACUCAUCACAUUGAGCGAGCUCAUUCGGAACCGCACCCAGCAAACAGAAAAUCAAGCAGAAAUAGAAAAUCAAAUCAGAGAACAAGAAAAUCAAACCGCGCAAAUGGGAAAUCAAACCCUAGAAACAGAGAGUCCAACCGAACAAAAUGAAAAUCAAAGCAUAGAAAUAAAAAAAUUAUCACACACCCCCGUCUACGGACAUUUCAUAUAUGGACCCCAAAUACUUGUUCAAGUUUACAGCCACGAAUCGAACAAAACUUCUUGUUCGAUUUUAAUUAAAGCAAUAAUCGAUUCGGUGAAAAAAGAUUCAGAAAUAUGCGAUCUAGAAUGUGCGUUUUUUGUCUUUCCACGUUUUUUUCAUCGCAAAGGCAUACAGGAUUACUGGAUUGAUACUUUUUAUGAUGAACUCUUUACAGCUGAGACUGCACGUGGCAAAGAAUUCAUCAGUUCUUCAGAGUUCACGCAAUGUCACAUUUUAAUUCCCUUUAAUCCCAAUGACUAUAAGCUAGCGUUACUUCAGUUUUUGUACAAUGCGAUAGCACGGACUCGAGUUUCAUGCCAUAUCCAUGUGUUGGUAGACAAAACAUGUUGCAGAGAAGCAGUUCGCAAGGAAUUGAGAGUUAUUUUUCCAGAAGCAAGAAUCAUAGGAAAAUAGAAUCAAAAAGCAAGAAUCAGAGGAAUCAGAGGGACAUCCUAAAGGAAAUCUUUAAUGAGGUACCAAUAGAUUCAAGAUUGGACAAACUUGUUAUGUUUUUAAAUGAUUAUCGCUUGUAAAGUAUACAAUUAUGAAAUAGAUAACAUUUUAAACACCUGGAAUAAAUUUAUUAACUAUCAAAUCGAUUGUCAUCGAUUGCUUUAUUGACUUGAUAGCUACCAAAAUCCAUCUUUUGGUUUUUAUUUUUACG